GCACAGGGUGGGAGGAGCCUGACUGGCUGGGCCGGGCCAAAGAGCGCAGACACACACCCCGGCGCGCGUCCCUGCCCCUCGAGUGCACGCGCUGCGGAGCCGGCGGGUGCGCGCAGAGGGACGCUGCAAGACUUGGGAAAAGGGGCGGCGGCCGCAGAGUUUAUUGUGAAGUCCACAGUCAAAUUUGCAUGGAUUUGGAGGUUAAAGGAGUUGCUGCAUCUCCUAGACGGCAAGCUGAGCUGUCAUCAAGGGGGAAGAAACUUAGUCAAGGAUGGAAACCAAAUAUACAAGCAACUCAUGGCCUUCGUCCAGCUGAGGUGCCAUGCCUUGAUUUGGGCAAGCUGGGAUCUUCAGAUGAAGAGGAUGGAGAUUCUUACAUACCAUACAGUAAGAGGUUUCCUCGCAUUGGCCCUCCAGAUUCAUCUUCAACUGUUAGUUGGGGUUCACCAUUACAGACUCCUUAUGCACAGCAUCAUCAGACACAACAGCUUUCUUUGGAGCAAAAGACAAUACCGGAAAAUCUGCCAUCCCCAACAAACAAAUACAAACUAAAAUAUCAGCAGUAUGAAGCAGACAUGAAAGAGGGAUAUAAACAGUAUUCUCAGAGAACUACAGAAAAGAAAAAAACAAUGCCGUCUCAGGAAUCUUCAAGAAAAACAGCAGAUAAAGAGGAUCCACAGCUUGAGGACAGGACUGAUCAUGAUCUUACGGCUCUUGAUGAGAAAGCCCUCUUGCAGCAAUGCUAUACAAGCAAGCCCUACACAAUGCAGCACAGCAUAAGGAAGUUAGAAGCUGAGGAUGUAGCUGCAGAGAGGAGAAAGCAAACUGUAGUAGAGCAAGUGAUGGUGGAUCAGUUAUCUAGGGCUGUAAUAAGUGACCCAGAGCAAAGUACAAAUAUUGGUACUUACCAGAGAGAUUGGACCUUUGCAGGUCUUGGGACAGCACCAUUGCGCUUUAGAAAAAGAACAUUACAUGAAACAAAAAUAAGGACCAGAUCAGCAUUAACUGAAAAUGUGCUUUCUAAUAAGUUACGCUUUGAUGGCAGAAUUAUAUCAAGGAAUGGGCGUGAUGCUUGCAGAGAGCUGAUUGGAUUCUUUUUUAUGUAUGACAGAUCUCUUACUGUAUAUGAAUAUCGACAGUUUGGAAAAAAUAGAACAAAUGCCUUACCUUUCAUUCAGAAAGGAGUUUAUAGUCAUCAGCAUGGACCAAGAAAAGGACAACAAUAUGAUCUUAGUGACUUUUAUGUUGGUGCUAACCUGACUUUUCUGAGUUGCAAUCUUAGCCUUCCAGAAAGCAUUAAACAGAACCCAAUACUUACCCUUCGUGUCUCAAAUAUUGAUGAAGCUGCAAUUGACAUUCUAAAAACUACUUCUGUGGGAAUCAAGCAAGACAUUACCCAGCAAGAGAUUGAUGAGAGCAGAGUUUUCAGGGUUGUUCAAGGUAUACUUAAAGAGAAGCUAAGUAAAAGGGGAGUUCGUGUUGUAACAGGAUUAGGAAAAUACUUCCGAGAACGGGAUCAGAAGAGUGAUGGAGCUCUCUCUAAGGCAGUCUUUAAACAAGCUCUAACAGUAUUUCAUUUAGAAGUGCCUGAAAAGGAUUUUGAGGCUUUGUGGCUUAUUCUUGAUGACAACUGUAAUGAUAAAGUCGAUUAUGGGGAGUUCACUCGCGCCAUUAUUGGGGAAAUGAAUGAGUAUCGAAAAGCAUUUGUUAGAAAAGCUUAUAUGAAACUUGAUUUCAACAAAACUGGCAGUGUACCUAUGGUAGAUAUCAGAAAAUGUUAUUGUGCCAAGAAACACUCUCAAGUGUUAUCAGGUGUUGCCACAGAGGAAGAAAUUAAAUCUUCAUUUCUAGAAACACUAGAGGAUGCCUGCAUCAAUUCCAGUGAAGUGUCAUAUUGUGAGUUUGAAGAUUACUAUGAAGGAUUAAGUAUUGGAAUCAUGGAUGAUGAAGAUUUUGUUAAUAUUUUAAGGAAUGCUUGGGGAAUUUAGAACUGAAGAAUAUAUAGAAUGUCAUAAAAACCCCACUCCAAAUGUGGUGUAAAUUAAGUGAGGAUUUAUUCUUGAUAUGAGUUACUUUUCAAAUUUGUUUUAAUAGUCUGAAAAUAUUUGAGAGUAAAUUUUCAGAAUGGUAUAUAAGUUAUACAUAAAGCUCCCUUUUAACAUUUCUUUCAUGUAAAUUUUGUUUUAUUAAACUGUAAAAUUUGUAAUAGCUUUAUGCACUUCCAUCUGGCAGUAGGAUCAUUUGUCUCAUUAAAAUACUGUAGCUUGUUUUAAAAACAGGAAUCUAGAAUACAAACAUAGGUGAAAGGAUACAUGCACGAGAAAACUUACUAUGCAUCAUAAGUACCAGUUGUAUGAUGUAUUGUUGAGAAGCUUUAGAUUUGACUAUAUAUAUUAUCUAUGAAUACAGUAGUUUUUUCUCUAAAAUGUGUUGCUCAUAAAAGAGGACAUUUGCUUUAUGAAAUGCGUAGGGCCAGAUACUGCUUGGCUCUUACGUUGAUGAGAAGGAUGCAAGUCAUCCCUCUCAUCUCCCCCGAGUUGGGGAGAGAUCCACAAUACUAAAAA